AUUAGCCACCGUACUACAGCGCCGGUUACGAAAUGUCAAUAUAAACACAUUUCUAGUGUCGUAACCGUUUUUACAGCGGUGUGAGAUACAGAGUAAAAGAAAUACAAUGAAAUAAUCGCUUGUCAGGAAACAUUUACUGGCUACAUUACUGGUUUUAACGGGAGGUCUGCAUGUCGAACAUUUCUUCAGCCUGAAGGUGUUCACGUUAGUCACUUCCUGUAUAGUUUUGUAACAAUUAACUUAUGCAAGUUUAAGUGAAUUGUUAUGAACAGAGCUGCUGCGGGUCAACUGGAUCUAUGACAGGUGAGAUGUCUCAGGUGCGCCGGGCGGUGAGCGAGGCCAUGUGGGCCAUGUGUGCGGCUGACUCCAUGUCCAUGCCGGUCCACUGGUACUACGACACCCACGACAUCAGGAGGGACUUUGGAGACUGGAUAUCAGGAUUCAACCCGCCCAGAAGCAGACACCCGUCCAGCAUCCUCAGCCUCUCCAACACCGCUGGUAGCGGUCGGACCGCCUGGUCGUCCGGUGCAAAGCGGCAGGAUGUGGUCGGUCACGUCAUCCUGCACCAUAAACUGAACCUGUGGAAGUCGUCCAGAGGCUCGGUCCACUACCACCAAGGUCUUCAGGGCGGUGAUAACACCCUGAACGUCCUCUGUUCCCUCCGAGCCGCUCGCUCCCUCACCGGCGGAGGUUUCACCGACGUCUCUCAGCCGGAGGCUCGAGCCGCCGUGCUGUCAGACUACGUCCAGUUCCUGACCACGCCCGGCACCCACAACGAUACCUACGCCGAGUCCUUCCACCGCUCCUUCUUCGCCGACUGGCAGGAGAGCAGACCGACCUCACCACAUCAGGUUCUGACGUUUGCAGAAAAACGCUCCAAACACAAGUUGAGCUCCUCGUUCCCCGACGGCCAGCUGGACGCCAUCGGCUGCCUUCCCAUGAGCCUCCCCUUCAUCCUGCUGUCAACCUCAGCCAAUGAGGAGCAGGCUGUCUCAGCAGCAGUUGAGUUUGUGAAGCUCACCCAUCCUCACCCCAAAGUGCCCGAGUACGUGUCCAUCUACUGCCGGGCGCUGCACGCCGUGCUGGGGGGGGGCAGCGUCCGCCAGCAGGCCGAACACGCUCUGAGGAGACUGGACGCCUGGGACACCUGUCAGAGCUACAGCCGCAAGGCCGCCAGGUUUGCUGUGUCCUCGGAGGAGAGACUGAAGGUCCAUCAGAGCGCUGUGAACUACCUGGGUCUGGCCUGCUACACUAAAGGUGCUCUGUCCAGCAUGUUCUACCUGGCCCACGAGUUUCACGAUGACCCCAGAGGAGGAAUCCUGGCAAACACCAACUGUGGAGGUGAGAACUGUAACCGCGGGGCGGCACUGGGAGCCCUGCUGGGGGCGGGGGGGUCGUAUGUCGGGGCUGUCAUCCCGCAGGAGUGGAAGGAGGAACUGAGGGAUGGCCAGGACUUCAUCCCCGACAUCCUGAAGGAGACAGAGUGAAAGCAGCGGGGGGGGGGGGCUGCA